ACUGAAAGAAAAAAAACCCUAGCCCCUUCACAGACACACCGCCCAAGCAUGGCGGGUGGCAAAAUCAGGAAGGAAAAGCCACAGCGUCACUACCAGGGAGGCAUACCGUUCCACAAGUCAAAAGGUCAGCACAUACUGAAGAACCCACUUCUGAUAGACACCAUCAUCCAGAAAUCAGGCAUCAAGAGCACCGAUGUCAUUCUCGAGAUCGGUCCGGGCACGGGUAAUCUUACGAAGAAGCUUUUGGAAGUGGGCAAGUCUGUGAUUGCCGUUGAGUUGGAUCCUCGUAUGGUGCUUGAAUUGCAGCGGAGGUUUCAGGCGACUCCCUUCUCUGAUCGAUUGAAUGUUAUCCAAGGAGACGUGCUUAAGUGUGAUCUUCCAUAUUUUGAUAUUUGUGUGGCAAAUAUCCCGUAUCAAAUCUCUUCUCCUCUCACAUUCAAACUGUUGUCUCAUCGACCAUUAUUCAGAUGUGCGGUGAUCAUGUUCCAAAAGGAAUUUGCCAUGAGAUUAGUUGCUCAGCCUGGGGACUCUCUCUACUGCCGCCUUUCUGUGAACACCCAAUUGUUGGCUCGUAUUUCCCAUUUGCUGAAAGUUGGCAGGAACAACUUUCGGCCUCCACCAAAAGUUGAUUCUUCCGUAGUUAGAAUCGAGCCAAGAAAACCACUACCAAAAGUGAAUCUUAAUGAAUGGGAUGGGUUGGUUCGAAUUUGCUUCAAUAGGAAGAACAAAACUCUUGGUUCCAUUUUUAGAAAGAAGGCUGUACUAUCAUUGCUGGAGAAGAACUAUACAACCUUGCAAGCAUUCCAGCUCUCAUCGAAAGAAUCAUCAGAUGAUAUAGAGAUGGCAAUGGCUGUAGCGGCUUUGGGAGAUACACUUGCAGACUUGAGGAUGGAAGUUGACGAUGAAGGUGAUGAUGACGACAUGGAGACGGAGGAUGGUAACACCAAAGGGUUUGCCUUCAAAGAUAAGGUCCUGAGUGUCUUAAAGCAAGAAGAUUUUGAAGGCAAGAGAUCUUCCAAGUUCACACAAGAAGAUUUUAUGCACCUCCUCUCUCUGUUUAAUAAGGCUGGAAUACAUUUUUCUUGAUCCAAGGCUUGAUUCUGUCUGUUUUUCUUCUUCUCUCCCGCCACCAAUUGCUAACUUGUUUAUAUCAAAUUUGGUUUUUAUAUUUACCAGUUUAAUUCUUGAUCCAAGGCCUAAAUAGUCACGUGU